AUGUCCUCAAGUAAAGUUUACUACGACUACUCCCUGUUUUCUAAUGGAACUUCCUUUAUGGAUGCUUACAACAAUUUCAACCAAGUUCCCAAUUUAAACUUUGUUGAAAAAUUAUGGGCUAGUUACUACUAUUACAUGAACAACGAUUUAUUUGCUACCGGGUUAUUAUUCUUUGUUACUCACGAAUUUUUUUAUUUCGGUAGAUGUUUACCAUGGGCUAUAAUUGAUAGGAUCCCAUAUUUCAGAAAAUGGAAGAUUCAAGAUGAAAAAAUCCCUAGUGAUCAAGAACAAUGGGAAUGUUUGAAACUGGUUUUAACUUCACAUUUUCUUGUUGAAGCGUUCCCCAUUUGGUUUUUCCACCCUUUGUGUCAAAAAAUUGGAAUUUCUUUUGAUGUGCCAUUUCCCAGUAUAAGCCAAAUGUUGUUGCAAUUGGCGGUGUUUUUCGUAUUGGAAGAUACUUGGCAUUAUUGGUUUCAUCGUGGGUUACAUUAUGGGGUUUUUUACAAAUAUAUUCACAAGCAACAUCAUAGAUAUGCUGCUCCCUUUGGGUUAGCUGCAGAAUAUGCUCAUCCAAUAGAAGUUGCCUUGUUGGGGUUGGGAACUGUUGGGAUCCCAAUCUUGUGGUGUAUUAUCACUGGCAAUUUACAUUUAUUUACAGUUUCAGUGUGGAUUGUAUUGAGAUUGUUUCAAGCAGUUGAUUCUCAUUCUGGAUACGAGUUCCCUUGGUCAUUACAUCACUUCUUGCCAUUUUGGGCAGGUGCUGAUCAUCAUGAUGAACAUCAUCAUUAUUUUAUUGGUGGAUAUUCAUCUAGUUUUAGAUGGUGGGAUUAUUUCUUGGAAACUGAAGCCGGUCCAAAGGGUAAAGCUGCAAGAGAAGCAAAGAUGAGAAAACAGGCUGAAAAAUUGCAGAAAAAGACCAUAUAA